AUGUCUGCCAAGUCCUGCGCCCAGUGUAUCUUCUGCAAGAUCAUCAAAGGCGAGAUCCCGUCGCUGAAGCUCAUCGAGACGCCAUUGACCUACUCGUUCCUCGACAUCAUGCCCACCGCCGAGGCCCACUGCCUCAUUAUUCCCAAGUACCACGGGGCCAAAUUGCACAACAUCCCCGACGAGUACUUGGCUGAUCUUUUGCCCGUGGUCAAGAAAUUGACGAAAGUGGUUGGUUUAGACGAUAACGAUACCCCGGAAGGUACUGGCUACAACGUGUUGCAAAACAACGGCAGAAUUGCUCACCAACAAGUGGACCACGUGCACUUCCACUUAAUUCCUAAGGUGGAUGAUGAAACCGGGUUGGGCGUCGGCUGGCCCGCCCAGGAUACCGACUUUGACAAGUUGGGCCAGGUGCAUAAGAAGCUAUUGGCGAGAAUUGAGGCGUUGGAAUCGGAAAAUAAGUUGUAA